AUCGGCGAUCACGUGACCGAAUGUAAAUUACGUCGCCAUUUUGUUCGCAGUAGGAAUGGCUAGUGAGCAAUGUACUUGGGGAAUUCUUGCAAAAAAUGGACGAUAGUUGGACCUGUAUAUUUCACACAAACCGAUCAGAUCAAAGCUCAAGUUGAAAAGGCUUCAGUGACAUGCUCUUUUACGGGGAGUAAAGACUUUUGUGAUGACUGUGAUAAAAUAAACUGACAAUGGAAUUGGCUGAAGAAGUUACUGAAAAUGAUCAGUAUGGAGAAAAUGAUACACAGCCAUUGAAUUCUGCAGGAGAAGAAGACAAUUAUUUUGAGGAAGAUUACAGAUCUGAAAGGAGACGCAAAAAGAGUUUUAGUGACCCUGAUGAAAAGUGUAACGUAGAGGAACAAGAUGGAGAUGUGAAUUCUGAUUACAAUAAUAAAGUAUUAAAACGGAGGCGGUCAGGGGGAGAUAAUUCUGAUGGAGAUAGUGACCACAGACACCAUUCUCGACAUCGUUCAGUUGAUCAGGAUAGGGAUCGUGGAAAUCAUCGCAGACGACACCACAGAUCACGUAGGAAGGAUCGAGAGAGGUCCCGUCACUCGCGUCGUAACAACAAUUCACGCAGCAGUCAGGAGCUAGAGGCCGAGUUAGAAGAUGGCGAGUUAGAGGACGGAGAGUUAGAUGAUGAUGAUAACAAUGAUUACCAAGAAAACAUCACCCCAACCAAACCCUCUCCCCCAAAACUUGAUAGGAAGGAGAGUAGCGAAAAGUCUUCACCAAAGAAACAUCCACCAGGCCAAACUGAAGAUGAUAACCAAGAGGAGGUAGCUUACCCGGAGAAUGCUGUGGAAGGCGAAGGUGUAGAAGAAGGUAAUAUUGAAGAUAUAGAAAGGUCACGACCUCAAAGGGAUGAUCACGAUAGUAAAAGACGCCGAAAAGAAAAGCGUGACAAAGACAAACGAAGAAAGCAACAAAAAGAAGAAAAGAAAAAGAAGAAGCGAAGAGAGUACCAUGACUUUGACAAAGUGGAAGAAGAUUACGACCAAGCCUGGGGCACUGGCAUAGACAAACACUCCAACAAUCCGCCAAACUCUCGAGGCUCUCGAGGCAGCUACGAACGCAGCCCACCCGCACCCUAUGAAGAUAAUUUUGAAGAUCAGGGACAGUAUGAGAGACCAUACAACAGCCCCCCAGGGCACUACGACAGCCCCUACGAUAGUCCUCCUGGUCCCUAUGACAGCCCCUCCUAUGAUGAGGACUCCGAAGGAGAAAUAUAUGAGUCAGGAAACCACGUUAAGCCCCGGCGAACCAUGAUGAGUAUGGUGGAGGGAGAUUAUGUUGAUGCCAAUGUUGUCAUUGACGAAGGGGAGAACAUCUACAAGCAUCAGAACAUGUCCAAUAAGAAAGUGAAGCAAAUGAAACAAAUGAAAAGGAAGAUGGACCGCCAACAGCAGGGAGACCAACCACCGAAGAAAAAACCUCUACUACUCACGCCUAUGAAUGAACGUCCUAUCUGUAAAUUCUUCAAGGAAGGGAAAUGUUCAAAGGGGAAUGAUUGUCCAUUCAACCAUGACUAUCGACCACCAAAAAAGAUGGAUCUGUGCAAGUUUUACCUGAAUUCUCAGUGUUCCAAGGGAGACAACUGUAUAUUCAUGCAUGGUGAAUUCCCCUGUAAGUUUUUCCACACUGGAGCAAACUGUUACAGCGGUGACAACUGUAAGUUCUCGCACGACCCACUUACAGACGAAACAGCACCUCUUGUCGAUAAGUUUUACCAGGACUUUUCAAACAGGGAUGAAGAAACCUACGGGGAUGGCCAGAGAAUGGGUCCCCCUCGACCAAGUCUCCUAGGAUCACCACCACGCCACAUGGCAGAGCAGCAGUCUGAACGAGUUAAGAAGAUUCCAUCAAUAUUUGACAUCAAAGUAUACCCACCAGGCCAAAGUCCAAAGAAACCACCACUUAACGAUGGCCCACCGAACGCACAUCCUCCUCAAAUGUGUGGGCCUCCUUCCAGGCCCAGUGGAUUCUAUACAGACAUGAAUCAGCCUCCCCCAAUGCAGGGACCACCCAUGCCACGCCAGCAAGGCCCACAAAUGCCCGGGCCCAACCAACAAGGCCCACCAAUGUCUGGGCCCCACCAACAAGGCCCACCAAUGUCUGGGCCCCACCAACAAGGCCCACCAAUGUCUGGGCCCCACCAGCAGGGUCCUCUGAUGUCUGGGCCCCACCAGCAGGGUCCUCCGAUGUCUGGGCCCCGCCAGCAGGGUCCUCCGAUGCCCAGGCCCCAUCAACCGGGCCCACCUAUGGCAGGACCUCGCUCACAUGGACCGCCAAUGUCUGGUCCCCACAUGCAGGGCCCAGGAAUGCCUCCAAUGCAGGGCCCACCUAUGCCUGGACCUCGUAUGCAGGGCCCACCUAUGCCGAACCCACCUGUUUCUUCUGCAGCUAUGAAUCCAGCGGUGGCAUUGGUUGGUGCACUUUUACGACAGGCUGCCCCUCAGGUUCUCCGACAAAACACGGGACCGUCUGGACCACAAAACAUGAGACCACCCGGACCCCAGAAUAUGGGGCCUCCAGGGACCCCAGAACAUAGCACCACCAGGGCCAAUGCAAAACAUGCCUCCACCAUUCCAGGGAACCCAGUUUCUACCAACCAGCCAUCGGAAAGCAAGGAUGGAGAGGAUCCCUCUGACAAUGGAGUGGACAAGAAAGCGGAGGAUAUUGGUCGGAAUACAAAUGACUGCGAGAAAACAGAACAAUCAGAUCCCGAGGCAGACAAGGCUGGAACAGAGGAAGCAGCUGCUGAAGAUGAGUCCAACGAAAAGAAAUUAUCUACACUUGGAUUAAAUAUAGACACACUCACUCACCUUCCCGCUAAACAACGUGAGCUCUUUCUCCGCAUACAAAACCAGCAGGGAGAUGGGCUGAAGGACACGCAAACAGAUGAAGAGAAAGUAGAAAAAGUUCAAGAUGAGAAAUUGGACGAUGACAACUGGUACUCUAGUGAUGAAGAGGAUGUACCAUCUGCCAAACCCAAGCUCACAGACAUUCUCAAAAACCUCUCACAAAAGCCGACGCCAGAAAGUCCUCAGACACCUGGGCCCACCAAUUUCUCGCAGUCGUCUGCACUGGACAUCAUGCAGAUGAUUAACAGUAUUCGCAAGGCCAACAAUACUUCUGUCGGCACUCCAGAUAUACCAGCCAACAGUAAUCCUCCAAUCUUCCCUAAAGAUACUGCUGCUCAGGUCAUUAACAAGGCUCCUGUGACCAUGCCAGACCCGGUCAUCAUUAAUUCAUCCGAAGGCGACAUUCCAUACAAACUCCGAGUAAUCACAGUCGACAAGUCACAACAGACCAGACCACCUCAUGGAAUGGACGUACAUAAUGUACAGUACAAGAAUGAUCCACGUAUGAAAAAGUUCAUUGAUUAUUUGGAGUCGCAGGCUCCGAAAGUGGUCAAGCCCUGUGAAGCCUAUUGGCUCCCUAGGGACAGAGACAGUUGAGGGUAACUUGACCCACGCACAGGACAACCUGUCGACCGGCGUAUUGAUCCUCGAGUUAAAACUCGUUCGGAUGCAGCAGUAGAAGGAGCUCGACCAGUCGACCCUCGUCUACAGGGAUCUGACAGUCCAUCUACACACUCAAAUAUUCCACCACAACUACAGCGUCCUCCAUCCAACCCACUACUCCCCACACUAAAUAUAGGCAUGAAUCCACGCCCAGAUAGUGGCACUCAGAAACCACUCGAUCCUAGGAUGUCGCGGCAAAUGAGUCGGGAUGGUAACACAUCAGGUGGCCUGCCACAAAGACCAGUCGACCCAAGAAUAGGUCAACCAGAUCCUCGAAUGGGUCCACAAGAUCCCAGAAUGGGUCCGCAAGAUCCACGAAUGGGUCCCCAAGAUCCACGAAUGGGUCCACAAGAUCCACGAAAGGGUCCCCAAGAUCCACGAAGUGGUCCUCAAGAUUCACGUAUGGGUCCACAAGAUCCUAGAAUGGGACCACAAGAUCCCAGACUGGGUCCACAAGAUCCUAGAAUGGGACCACAAGAUCCCAGAAUGGGUCCACAAGAUCCACGCAUGGGUCCACAAGAUCCACGAAGUGGUCCUCAAGAUUCACGUAUGGGUCCACAAGAUCCACGAAUGGGUCCCCAAGAUCCACGAAGUGGACCUCAAGAUUCACGUAUGGGUCCACCAGAUCCUAGAAUGGGACCACAAGAUCCCAGAAUGGGUCCACAAGAUCCACGAAGUGGGCCUCAAGAUUCACGUAUGGGUCCACAGGAUCCCAGAAUGGGACCACAAGAUCCCAGAAUGGGUCCACAAGAUCCAAGAAUGGGACCACAAGAUCCCAGAAUGGGUCCACAAGAUCCACGAAGUGGUCCUCAAGAUCCACGGAUGGGUCCACAAGAUCCACGUAUGGGUCCCCAAGAUCCACGAGUGGGUCCACAAGAUCCACGUGGAGGGCUGAAAGAUCCAAGAGCAAAUUCAGACCCCAGGAGAUUUCCACAUGAUCCUCGUUCAACUACAGAUAUGGAGCCUCAAAGACAGAUUGAUCCCCGCUCAUUACAGAGACAGGGCUCAAUAGGGGCUGACCCCAGGAAGCCUCUGGCACUAGACCCCCGGCGUCCCCCACCAGGCGAUAUGCCAAGUGUGCAAUCUAGUAGUGACUCAGAAAACAAGAAAACGGAAGAAUUAGACACACCUAAGCCAAAGCUAGAUUAUAGAAAUGAUCCGAGAUUUAAACGUAAACCUGCCAGUGAAUCUGUGGGUCACAAGAGAUACACAGGGCAGCGCAAAAGUAGCAUGGACUACAGUUCGCCCCUAGGGCUGGACAGUGAGGAUAAAGGGACCUACAACAGUUACCAACGACCUGACAGUGCUAAACACAAAACAGAGAGUAGACCAUUGGUGAAGGGUAAACUCGACCCUCGAACUAACAAGCCUGAUGGCUCUUCUCCUAAUGUAGAUUCCAGCCCCCUGCCCCCUCCGCCCCCUGAUGGGGAUAUUGGCAUGCCUGUUGCCCUAGAGCUUCCCCCUUUUGUGACCCCUAAUGCAUUAGAACCUCAAAUGAAGGAUUUCUUUAAGACAAUGGAUCCCACAGCCUCACCGUUCUGCUGAUCAGAGGUCUAUAUUGAUCAAAUGUGUUCUUCACUUACUUAACAUACAGUGUAUACCCAACUCCUCGACAGACUAGUGGCUCAGUGUCGUCUUGAGGUGCAAUCAUGAAAUCAAAUUGCUUAUUUCCAAUACAGUCGAGAAUCAUGACCAUUGAAAUUGUCUAGGUUUGAUAAUGAUGUAGGGUAGGAUGAUUUGUUAGGGAAGUGUUGCUGGCAGCUCGAUAACAUUACCACAUCAGUGUCAAAUGGUAUAGGAGGACAGACAUCUGUAGGAAGGUGAUUUAUUAUUGUUGUAGGAAAUUAAAUAUCAAGUUAAUUUGUUGUUUAAA